UGAAGACCACUUAAUUCCACCGGAGGUUAUUCACAGAAAGUGAUUUACUGGAGCGCCUGCGCGGCAAAUCGUAACAGAUAGAAUGAGCAGACGAGUGGGCGACCUCAGCCCGAAGCAGGUGGACAUUUUAGCCGAGUUUCGGGAGCGGAUUGAGGACAUUCUCCCAGACCUUCCCGCGCAGCAUGAUCACUACCUGCUCCGCUGGCUCCGAGCCCGAAGCUUCAAUGUUCAGAAAGCAGAGGCGAUGCUUAGAAAGCAUCUGGAGUUCAGGAAACACAUGAAAGCAGACAGCAUCAUCGCAGACUGGAGGCCUCCUGAGGUGAUCGAACGGUAUGUGUCCGGGGGGAUGUGUGGGUACGACCUCGAGGGAAGUCCCAUCUGGUACGAUGUCAUUGGGCCCCUGGACCCCAAAGGUCUGCUCCUGUCCUGCACCAAACAGGACUUCAUGAGGACCAAGAUCAGAGACACAGAGAUGCUCCGCAGAGAGUGUCAGAAACAGACAGAGAAGUUGGGGGUUAAUGUGGAGGCGAUAACCCUGAUCUAUGACUGUGAGGGACUGGGCCUGAAGCACCUGUGGAAGCCUGCUUUAGAGGCCUAUGGAGAGAUCCUUACCAUGUUUGAGGAGAACUAUCCUGAAGGACUCAAGAGGGUGUUUCUCAUCAAGACUCCUAAGCUAUUCCCGAUGGCCUACAACCUGGUCAAACAAUUCCUGAGUGAAGAGACACGUCAUAAGAUCAUCAUUCUGGGAUCUAACUGGCAGGAGGUGUUACUUAAGCACAUUGACCCGGAGCAACUCCCGGUGGCGUACGGAGGAACCCUUACUGACCCUGAUGGUGACCCUCGCUGUCGCACCAUGGUGAGAGAGAGGGAGGGAGGGAGCGAGAUAAACUACGGCGGUACGGUGCCCAGGUCGUACUAUGUUCAGGACAAUAUGGUCAAGGUCCAGUACGACAACAGUGUGACCAUCAGCCGAGGCUCCGCCUUCACACUGGAGUAUGACAUCACUACCCCCAGCAGCAUCCUCAGGUGGCAGUUUGCCAGUGAUGGGGCAGACAUAGGCUUUGGGGUGUUCAUGCGGACCCAGGAGGGGGGUGGGGCUCAGAAGGUGGGGGAUAUGCUGCAGGUGGUGCCUAGUGAACGCUACAACUCACACAUGGUCCCAGAGGACCGCUCACUCACCUGCCCCGAGCCUGGAACUUGUGAGUACACACUGCUGAGGCUGCUGAGCGAAGGACGGCUCAUAAUAAUGGCUGGAACAGAGCGAAUGGAAUGGCAUCAUACUAUGUGUUUGAUGUAUUUGAUACUAUCCUACUCAUUCCGCUCAAGCCAUUACCACGACUCCAUCCUCCCCAAUUAAGGUGCCACCAACCUC